AUGGCACAAAUCAACCGCUUUGGUCCUCAAGCCGUCACUCCUCAGCCGACUCCUACUCAACUCUCCUCCCAAAUUGACCUGCUCGUCUCUCUUCAUUUGUGGUCCUGGCCUGCACUGACUCUGGCCAUUCAAAAUGCCUGGGGAGGUUCGCUGCAAGUUUCGAAUGAUAAGCGUGACUGGUUCGCGGGCGCCGUGUCGGAACUCCUCACCUCUAACCCACCCCAGCUCGCCGAUGUGGGUGACUUGGAAGAAGUGUUGCUACAAGUGAUGCUCGAUGAGUUCGAGGUGGUGGUCGAUGACGGAAGUGCCGAGGACACAGCACGAGGAAUAUGGAGUGGAAUCACCCAAUUGAACAGCGGCGAUGUCACAGGCCUGAACCAGAUGUACCUCAAAUGGCAGGAGAAGCAGAAGAAAGGAGGUAAAGAGGUCGUCGGUAUUGUGCGAGGCGAGGACAAGGAGGCAGAGGACACCGAUUGGGACGACGACGACAGUAAUGAAGAGCAAGAAUGGAAUGGAUUCCCAGACCACCCGGACAUCGAGAUGCACGAAGCCCCUCCGCUCUUCGAUUCGAGCAAGCCAAAACAGAAAAUCCAGUCCGAGGUAGACGAAGACGGAUUCACAAAAAUCGUCAACAAGAAGAAAAGAUGA